GAGAGCGAGAGCGAGAGCGAGCAAGAGCAAGCAAGCAAGCGACCUAUAGAAGGAGCCGGCACCACUCGGCGGCCACCGUCCGAUACUACGCUGGCAGUUACUGGAGAAGGAGCAGAUACGUGGAGUGGGUGAGGGAGACAGAGAAGACGUUGCCGUCGUGUGUGUGGAUUACUGUUUGGGAAAAUACACCGCGAGAGAAGCAAACCAAUUACACAACAAACUCAACUACGGCGAUAUUAAGGUCGUCGUCCCCCAGACACCCAGUGAUGAUGCUCUUGGACGGCACCUCUCUGUAGAAGGAGCAUGUCCAGCCACCCCCAGUCUGUGGCCCAGGGUCGCCGGGUCGUAGACGCCCGACACCUUCCUAGCCCGGCAGCGCUACCGUUGCAGCUGGCCCGAACACAUGCGGAUGUAGCACUGGUGGAGUACCACACGCACCCGCGUGACUAUGCUUCCCACCUGAGCCAUGGAGCCCUGGCCCAGCCACACCGUCGCCGGCCCUCCCUGCUGUCCGAGUUCCAGCCAGGGAAUGAGAGAGGUCAGGAGGCCCACAUCCGCUAUGAGCAUAUUUACAUGCCGGAGCCCAGCAGCCAAUCAGAUGUUGAUUACUCCGAGAUGAAGCGUCCCAGGCUGGAUCUGGGGACGGAGUCUCUCCUGCGACAUCCCUCCCACAGGCCAUCUGCUCAGCUGGCUGGGACUGAGGACACGCCCAAGAAGGAGAGAGCUAGCAGCCUGGCCAAACUGGAGCCCAUCUCCCCCGUAAGCCCGGCUCAGAUGGAUCCGGACCUGGACUUGAUGCCGGCACGCUUCUCAAAGGAGGAGCUUAUCCAGAACAUGGACCGUGUGGACCGUGAGAUCGCCAUGGUGGAGCAGCAGAUAUGCAAGCUGCGUAAGAAACAGCAUCAGCUGGAGGAGGAUGCAGCCAAACCACAGGAGCCAGAGCCACCCAUGUCCCCCCCGCCCAGCGAGGCCAAGCACCGGAGCCUUGUCCAGAUCAUCUAUGAUGAGAACAGGAAGAAGGCAGAGGAAGCGCACCGGAUCCUGGAGGGGCUGGGGCCUCGAGUCGAGCUGCCCCUCUACAACCAGCCGUCAGACACCAAGCAGUACCAUGAGAACAUCAAAAUAAACCAGGCAAUGAGGAAGAAGCUCAUCCUGUACUUCAAGAGGAGAAACCAUGCCCGUAAACAGUGGGAGCAAAAGUUCUGCCAGCGCUAUGACCAGCUGAUGGAAGCCUGGGAGAAGAAGGUGGAGCGCAUUGAGAACAACCCACGACGCCGGGCCAAGGAGACCAAGGUGCGGGAGUACUACGAGAAGCAGUUCCCUGAGAUCCGCAAGCAGCGUGAGCUGCAGGAACGCAUGCAGAGCAGGGUGGGGCAACGUGGGGGGGGGCUGUCAUCUUCAGCUGCCCGAAGUGAACAUGAGGUUUCUGAGAUCAUCGACGGCAUCUCUGAGCAGGAGAACUCAGAGAAGCAGAUGCGCCAGCUGGCAGUAAUCCCACCCAUGCUUUUCGACGCCGAACAGCAGCGCAUCAAGUUCAUCAACAUGAACGGCCUAAUGGACGACCCCAUGAAGGUGUACAAGGACCGGCAGGUGAUGAACAUGUGGAGUGAGCAGGAGAAGGACACCUUUCGAGAGAAGUUUAUUCAGCACCCGAAGAACUUUGGUCUCAUCGCCUCCUUCCUUGAGAGAAAGACGGUGGCAGAGUGUGUUCUCUUUUACUACCUGACGAAGAAGAAUGAGAACUACAAGAACAUUGUCCGCAGGAACUACCGGCGCCGUGGGCGGAGCCAGGGAAAGUGCAGCCACAGCCAGGACACCACAGUCAUGUUCAAGCCUCAGAGUGCAGCAGGAUUUAGGGAGUUUCCGAAAAGAAGACAGAGGAGAAGAGCAGGAGGGACUGAGCGGGGCUUUGUGCAGGCCUGUCCACCAAGCGCCUGCUCCGGGAUGCAGAAACCAGGAUGGGGUUUUGCUUUGGGUGACACACAGGAGCAGCAGCAGCAGCAACAGCAGCAGCAGCAGCAGCAACAGCAACAGCAACAGCAACAGGUCAACCGGAGCCAGGAGGAGAAGGAAGAAAAAGACAAAGAAAAGGAAGGAGAGCGGGAGGAGGAGAAGAUUGAGGGAGAGGACAAGGAGGAUGGCCUGAAGGAUGACACCUCCGGAGAAGAUGGUGAAGAGAAGGAGCCAGCAGUGGCCUUCAAGGGCAGGCGCACGGCCAACAGCCAGGGCCGCCGCAAGGGCCGGAUCACACGCUCCAUGGCCAACGAGGCAGAGGAGAGCGGCACCCCCCACCAUAGCAGCGAGCUGGCCAAUCUUGAGAUGAAUGAGAGCUCUCGCUGGACCGAGGAGGAAAUGGAAACUGCCAAAAAAGCACUUCUACUUUAUGGGCGGAACUGGUCAUCCAUCGCCAAGAUGGUGGGGUCCAAAACCGUGUCCCAGUGCAAGAAUUUCUACUUCAACUACAAGAAGCGGCAGAAGUUGGACGAAAUACUGCAGCAGCACAAAAUGAAAUCGGAACGUGAACGAAAGGCCCGGCGCAGCCGCAAGACGGUCCCAAGCGAAGGGGUCAACACCCCCUCAGCUGCUGACGAGGAGGAGAUGGAGGUGUCAGGGGACAGCUGCAAUGAGGAAGAGCCCGUCGAGGACGGAGAAGCAGGGGCUAACAACAGCUCGGAUACAGAGAGCCUGCCGUCACCUCGCUCUUCUGAGGAAAGCAAAGCCAAGGAAGAGUGCAGCACCAGGACCAAGCCUAGCCAGGUGCCUGGAGCGGAGGGCUGCCUAGUGGAAGAAGGUCCCUACACAGGGGAGGUUGACCGGGGAGCAGCUGACUCAGAACCCAUGUCCAUGGAGGCAGAGCCUGUGGCAGAGCCGGAGGCAAAGAGUGAGCCUGAGGAAGGCGUCAAGGAGCAGCCCAUUGACUGUGCAGAGAAAAAGCCCCCUCCAGAGGCCAACAGGGGAAAGGGCUCUAUCAAGAGCAUCAAGAAGGAGAAUGAAUCCAAAGCUGGCCAUCAAGGGGACAGCGACUCCAGUGCCACCUGCAGCGCCGAUGAGGUGGAGGAGCCGGACAGCACAGAGAAGAGCAGGAUAACCUCUCCAAGGCCCAGUCUGCUGAACUACACCCAUGAUGGGGUCAUUUCCUCAGCACAGCAGAAGCCCAUGGACCUCAAGCAGCUCAAACAGAGGGCUGCUGCUAUUCCGCCUAUCAUGCCAGAGGUUUCUGCACAGAGUGGCCCCCGUGGUGGGGGUGCAAAGCAGCUGGUGCCCCCCCACGCGCUUGCUUUGUACCAGCAGCAGAUCACCAUGGCACAUGAACUGUCCCAGGAGGGCCCCUCGACCGGCAAGCCUCCACAGCAGCAGCUCCAUAUCCAGCAGGCACCCAGGGACCGCCCCCAGGCUCGGAGCCCCGCCCCCAUGGCCCCUGACAAGGAUGACAAGCCGAGUGCGUACUCCCCACAUGGGGAAGGCUGGAAGCCCGGGUCGGCUGCAGAUGAUCUCCGGCCUGCCAGCUCCAGCCGGCCUGUCAUUUCCCCCUACCAGCAAUCUCCACGGGACGUGGGCCGCCUGGUCCACGAGCAGCCACUGCUGCACUACAGCCCCACAUUCCCACAGGCUGUACACGGACUCCCCCUCGCUCUGCAGCAGGACGCAGGACGCCUGGCCUCUACUGGCCGGCCCCAGCCCAUUCCGGAGCCCCCUCCCCUGAUCUCCUCUGCCAAGCCUGGAGGUUCUAUCACCCAGGGCACUCCAGUGCAGCUGCACAGUCCUGCCCAUGGCCCCGAGCACAGCAAGGGCCCUGCCGGGGGGGCUCUCAGCCUGACGUGGAUGGAGCAGAAGAAGCUGGGACCGUACCCUGUGGUGAAGCAGGAGCAGCUCUCCCCACGCGCUCUUAGCUCUCAACCCGAGAACCUGUCCAGCCAGGGCGUCACAGCAGACCUUACCACAGGCCGUGUGUCUGUGCCAGCAGUCCAGGGCGGGAGCAUAACCAAGGGCCUGCCGGGUACGAGGGUCCUCCAGGACCCCCCCUCAUAUCGCGGAGGCUCUAUAACUCAGGGCACCCCGGCUGACCUGCUAUACAAGGCUUCGCGUGACGAGGCGCUCAGCAAGCCCCACGUGGUCUAUGAGGGUGUCAGCGGCCACAUCCUCACAUAUGAACGGGCAAUGGCACAGGCUCCGAAGGAGGAGGGCCGUGGGGAGCUCCUGGGUCUGAAGCGGCCCUAUGACGUCAUGGAGGGGGGCAUUACACGGGGGCUGCCUCUGCGGGAUGCCACAGGGCUGUCUGCCCCCAACUGUGAAGGGCUGAUUGAAAGGGUUAUGCCGCAGGACCGCCACAGCCCACAUUUCAAAGAGUCCCACCACAUCCGUGGGUCCAUCUCACAAGGCAUCCCACGCCACCUGGACCAAAAUGAGUACCUGAGGCGGGAGGCGAAGCAGAUGAAGCGGGAGGCUUCGCCCCCCUCCAGGGGGCCUGAUUCUCUGAAGGGCCGUCCUCACGACAGUGCUGUGGCGACCGUCAAAGAAGGGGGGCGCUCGAUUCAUGAGAUCCCGCGGGAGGAGCUGCGGCAAGCCCCUGAGGGUUCCAUGGGAGGCAAGGCUGCCAAGGAGGGCUCCAUAACACAGGGUACACCAAUGAAGCAGGAGGCCAGUGGCUCCGCAAAGCGUCAUGAUGUGCGCUCCAUCAUUGCCAGCUCACCACGCUCUCACCACGCCAUGCCGCCCCACACAGAGCGUGCCCGAGCCUAUGACGAGCCCCUUCCCAAGACGCGCCCGAGCGCUGUGGUCAGCACUGCCAGCUCACUGUCCCGUGCCUCCCCCCUGGCCCUGGGAGGCGGGGCUGAGCCAGGGGGGAGGGCCCACCACAGUCCGCUGGGUUAUGAGGAGCACAAGGGGGCGCUGCGGGCACCGUAUCCUGGCCCCCCUCACCGAGGGUCUCCUGUAUCCUUGCGGGAAUCAGGGCAGCGAGCAUCAGAAGGUUUGAAUAAAACACAAUCGCAGGAGCGCAAGGCCACACCCACCCCCCGGGAGAUGAGCUCCAACAAGUCUCCCCUGACAAGUGCCGUAGCGGAGCACCACGCCUCGAUAGCUUCCUAUGAGCGCCUGCUGCAGGGCCUGGGAGCUGAGAUGUACCGUGGGCAGAUCCCCCUGACCUUCGAUCCCGCUGCCUUGCAAAGAGGAAUCCCCAUCGAUCCAGCAGCAUAUUACCUGCCUCGGCCCCUGGCCCCAGGCCCCGGUUACCCGCACCACUACCCCCCAUACCUGAUCCGAGGCUACCCAGACACGGCAGCCCUGGAAAACCGGCAAACACUGCUCAACGACUAUAUCACCUCACAGCAGAUGCACCAGUGGCCGGCGGCCGCCAUGGCUGCCCAGCGCUCAGACCUGCUGCGGGGCCUCUCGCCCCGGGACCAGCCCCUCGGUCUGCCAUACCCCACAAGCCCCCGUGGUAUCAUCGACUUGUCUCAGGUCCCACACUUACCUGUCCUGGUGCCUCCUUCUGCAGGGGCGACCAGCUCCCCCAUGGAUCGCAUCACCUACAUCCCCGGGACCUCCAGCGUCUUCCCCAGCCGCUCUUACACCUCCUCACCCAUCUCUCCAGGUGGUCCCUCACACAUAAGCAAGAUCCAGGGGGUGGCAUCAACUGAUCGGGAACGGGAUCGAGAACGGGAGAGAGACUGGGAGAGAGACCGUGAACGGGACCGGGAGAGAGACCGGGAAAGAGACCGAGAAAAAGAACGUGAGAAGGAACGAGAGCGUGACCGAGAACGAGAGAGGGACCGUGACAAACCCGGAUCCCUGAGCCAUGGCAUCGUGGAGCAUGCCCCCAUCUGGCGACCUGGCACAGAGCACAGUUCUGGAAGCGGCAGCACUGGUGCUGCACGGCCUUCCUCGCGCUCCUACAGCCACCAGCAUUCACCGGUGUCCCCGCGUACCCAAGACAGCCUGCAGCAGAGGCCCAGCGUGCUACACAACACUGGGGGCCAGAGUCUGCCUGUGCCACCCGACCACACUGGCCCCUCGGUCCUCAGGUCCUCACGGCACACGGUGUACAGCACCCACCUACCGCAGAGGACGGGGCUUCCCCCAGACGCCUACCUCCAAGGCCUGGAGCAGACUGCUGUGAAGGAACACUCCAGGGGCACAGAGGCAGCCAAGAGCCACAGCCGGGGCAGCAGCAGCUUGUCCAAGCCCCCCCAGGACCAGCACACCGCUCUCUCCUCAUCCUCCUCCACUUCUUCCUCAUCUAUAAGCAAAUCUGAAGCCAAGCUGGUGAGCGCAUCCCUGGGGGGCUUGUACAGCGGGCCCUACUCCCCAGCCUCGGCCCACCUGGGACACCCCCCUGGCCGGCCCCACCCGCUGCUGCCCCCACACCAGCUGCCCCCACAGUCGGAGAAUCCGGCCAACAGCGGCGGUCCCCCUAGUAGGGAGAAGACUGCAAGCAAACCAAUGUCUGUUCAGGACCAGGAGCUGCGAUCCCUGGAGCAGCAGCACAGCCUCUACCACCCCCCAUCCGAAGGGAGCCCAUCCCCCGGUCUCCCCAGCCAGCAGCCCACCUCACCAUAUGUCAAGGGCAGCCAGAGGGUGGUCACUCUGGCCCAGCACAUUAGUGAGGUGAUCACCAAGGACUACACACGUCAAUCCCAGCAGGCUAACCAGCCAGCAGCCUACAGCUACCACAGCUCGCCAGUGCUGGACCUCACACGCCCCCCUAGCACCCCCCAAGAACCUGGCCUGGUUGCACACUAUUCCCCUGAGGGAGUCCAUGGGGAGCGUGGCAGAGACCGAUCUCCCAUCCUGAACAAGAUGUCCCCAAGCAGCCUUCCCACAGAUGGCAUCGAGCCUGUGUCCCCGCCUAGUGGACUUUCAGAUGCCGACCCACUUGGGGCCUCCUACCCCAGUGAGCAGGGGCACCAGGGGAUGGGCUCCCGCUCACCAGCUGGCAGCUCACAGCCUCCGGCCUUCUUCAGCAAGCUGACGGAGAGCAACUCCGCCAUCGUCAAGUCCAAGAAGCAGGAGAUGAUCAAGAAGAUGAUAGUCAGCGGCGAUGCAACUCAGCCUGGGACUGAGAUCUUCAACAUGCCUGCAUCGACGACUGCAGGGCCUGUGGCCACAAGGAGCCAGCCAGCCCCCGAGGCCUCGGGUAACACCAUCGGGCUGGAGGCCAUCAUCAGGAAAGCCCUGAUGGGCAAGUAUGAUGAGCAGGCAGAGGAGCGCGCAUCAAUGCCCCCUGGCAGCGGCCUGUCAGCCUCAGCCCCACCCAGUGAGACCCGCCCCGAGGACACCUAUUCUUCAGCAGGCAUGGGGAAGGGGAAGGCUGGCGGGCGUUCCAAUGGCCGUAAGACCAAGUCCCCCGGGCCGGGGAUGCCUGGCAGCGAGAGGCCGUCCUCCGUCUCGUCCGUCCACUCAGAGGGGGACGCAAACCGCCGCACUCCCCUCACCAGCCGCGUCUGGGAAGACCGGCCAUCCUCUGCAGGGUCCACGCCCUUUGCCUACAACCCCCUGACCAUGACCAUGCGCUUCCCCGCUGGCGUCGUGUCUUCUGUGCCCUCCCCGUCCUCCGGAUCCUCCAUGCAGCCUGGCCCACAGGGGCAGAACCUGGGGCAGAACCAGGGACAGCAAGGCCAAGGGGCCCAGGGAAGGGCCUGGGAUGAGGAGCCCAAGCCGCUGCUGUGCUCGCAGUACGAAACGCUGUCCGACAGCGAGUGACCAGCCAGCACCAUCUCACCGCUCACCCCAGUCCACACCGCCAGCACCACACGCUCACAUACGCACACGCGCCGCACUCCAGGACUUCCGGAAACUUCUGGUCAGAGCGCUUAACCAUCAGACACCUGUGCACCUGACUGACUUCGCUUUGGGGUGGAGCGUGUUUUUGUGCAUGUGCUUCUGCGUGUAUGUGUGUGUGUGUGUGUGUGUGUGUGUGUGUGUGUGUGUGUGCGCACAUUCACAGAAACACUCCCUGAAUCAAGCACUCUUUAGUUUAGUGCCCCCCUUCGCUGGUCUUAUCGGGGGAUGGGACACCUCAGAUGUGUAUGAAUGCCUUGUAUUCAGUGUUUCCCAGUGACUGUGGAAUGCACCACGGUACGACCCAUAGUCUGAUGCCAAUUUUUUUUUUUUAACAGAAGUAAAAGUUUGACAUGUAUUUUGGCAUGGACACCCACAGGCCCCUCCCUGCCAGCCUGUGUAGCCAGCAGACAGGCCACUUCCUUGGGGAGUGAGGCGCUCUAAUGUCCACCCUGAGGGUGAUUCUGGGUGAGUCAGACGACCACCCUGCCCUCACUGCACUGGACUCAGGAACACAGGCCAUUAGCCAGUGCAGACAGAAAUAAUAUUAAGGAUUAAAAACACUGAAACCAGCAGGCCUUCUGUGAUCACUUCAGCCUCUCGUGUACAAAACACCCAGUCCUGUCCACAGCUAAAACCACAUGGCUGUGUCUAGACAGAGGGAAUCUUGCAAAUACUCACCAGCCUAUUUCUGGGCUUGCUUAAUGUCAGCCUUGGUUGUAGGUCAUUUUAGGGGGGGAAGGGGUGCACUGAUGUAUUGUGGGAAAUAUAGGCAGCAGGUACGGUUUGUACAGUACCUAGCGCUCUGUUAGCUAGCAAGGCUACGUUACCCCCUACACACACAGUGUCUGUCCUACUUCGCAAAGUGAGAGAUGAGGUGGAGCAGUUUUUAUAUAUAUAUAUAUAUAUGAUUCAUGCCAGUUUAGUCCUGUGUUUGUUUGAAAGUGAGUUGCAGAGUUCAAAUACCUUUGACAGUGACCUUGGCAGGUUGUGGUCCCUGUUCAUUAGCAGCAGUUUGUGUGGGGUAUUAAUCAGGGUGGUCAUUUCAGUGCUUCUACAGGGUACAUGUGUUCUUUGUGUUCUGUGUCGUCAGACAUUAAAACAGUUUUUUUUUAUGGGAGCGGGACUAUCGCUUUUCUUUAGUUGCAAUGUAACACAAAGACCUUUUUAAAACUUUUUUAAUAUGGAUAAUAAGUGAAUUUUGUUUAGUAUUUUCUUUACUAUUGAGACUGUUUUGAAGAUGUUCAGCACUUAAAUAUGAUCUGGUUCACAGUGGCUUUCUUGAAGAGGCACAUGGGGUUAAAAUGCAGAGUGCAUGUAUGUCUGUGUCUGUGUGUGCGUGCGCCUUAGCGACGUCUCCACCCUCCUCCAGGGUCCAAAGCUCAAGCCACAGUUUCACUGUAAUAAAGCCAUGUUGAGCAAGCAGAGGCUGGUUUUAACAUUGCAAAGAAUAAACAUGAAACAAAAGCAACACUGAAGCUGACAUCCACUGUCAUUGUGUGAUUGCAGUGCUAGCUGGCAUACGGGCUGCACUUUUCCUGGUUUAGUUCCUUUUGUAGGCUACGUCUGUUGCUCAUGUCACCAUGGAGAUGUCAUGUGACUUCUGACCUGACUCUGGAGGGUGAGGGCAAAGGGGGGUAGUUCAGGUUCAGAAAGUAAAAGUACAGACCAAAAUUUUAUUUCCUUCUCAUGCUUUUACGACCUUUUCUUCUCCGUAGAGAUGUCUACACUCUAACAUUAAGUGCCAUAUUACAUACACAAUUCUAAAGUCAUCACCCCAUUCUGAAGUCAACCGCAUUGUGACGCUGGCAGCUGAUCACCAAAGGGAUGUGCCCUUCACUCCCUGCUCAGGAGUAUGUGAUCUGCUUCAUUCUGGUGACCCUGUCGUCUCAUGUGGUCUGUGGUCUAUCGUCACAAAAAGUAGCACCAUAGUCCAGAGGUUCUAUCAUAGUUGACUGUAACCUCAGAGACAGACAGUCACAGCAGCUUGUGCAUAACAUCCAGUGAUAGACACAAAGACUAACGAGACGUAGCAUUUCCUUCCGCUUGACACCUUUGUUAGCACAGGCGAGCUGUGGUCCUCUCACCUGGGAGGCCUGACCAGAGCUGACACUGGACUCAUGCAGGAGUGGAGAUGAAUGGCGUCCUGUUGCUGCUUCCCUUAGCAUUAAGCGAUAUCGUGUGUACGUUACGUUAAUCAUUGGGCAGCGAGUUGUCUUGGUGAUGCUUAAAACAGUAGCUUGGCAGUAAACCUCUUAUGCAAUAUCUCCAGUGAAUUUUGUAUUUUAAACUUUAAUUUUAGUAUUUUGGGUAAUAGUUUUAGCGUCUGUUUUAUAUGAUCCAAUGCACUUGUCUUUGUAUGAGGCGCCAAGGUCAGAGCCCGUGGUGGCUGGCAUGAUGACAACGCGUUUGCCUGCAGCUGAGUGACAGCAAGCUGUUUGCCGCUAUUGACAAGACCAAAGGCGGUCUAGCCUGAUAAGAUCCAGAGCACAAGUCAUACUGCAGGUGCUGAGACAAGUACAUUGACUGCUUGGGCUCCCUGUGCUACUUCCCUUAACUUCAAAAAUUGAUAAACUUUAACCAAUCCAUUCGACUAAUCAAGACAAGCAGAUAAAAAAAAAAUGUAAGGACUGUUUUUUACAGUAUAUUGGGGAAACAUCCUUUAAGUUCAAAUUGCGAUGCCUGUCAGCAGUAAGACACAUCCCUACUUGUAAGAUGAAGAACGAAAAUCAUUAUUUGAGUCUCUUAAAAAGAUUUUCUCGUUUUCUUUGUGUCUGCUUUGGCUGCUGCUUGCUUCUAUUUUUGUUGACUCUGUGAUCAAGACCAACUUUUCAUCUAUAAAGAGAAGGGGAUGUUAGCUUUAAUUCUUUUGUAAUUAAGGAAACAAUUCUAGGCAGACAGAACGGCCAAUAUGUUGCCCAGAAUCUGAUGGAGUGGGAGUCAGGAAGCGUAUGUUUUCUACAACUAUAUUGUGCAUAAUUACUUUUUCCUUUCUUCUGUUUUCUAACCUAGUGUAUAAUAGCACGGACUGUAAAUAGAACUGAAGAGAUGUAAAUAUUUAUGUGGCUUUGCUGCAAGGUUUGUAUCCACUGGAGAACUGUCUUCACUGUCUAAUGCAACCUGCCCACAGGCCUUGUGGAUAGCAGUGUACAAAACAGGAAACACUGCCUUCAUGUUCAAAUAAAAAGCUUAUUGCCAUUGA